AUGGAUAUCUCCCAAGAAGAAGAAGAAGAAGAAGACCCCAUCCACGCUGAAUCGGCAGAGGAGGAACCCCAACUGUGGCAGGACGAGAUCAUAAACUACCUCGUCAACGACAUCGUGUUAGAAGAACGAUGGGUGUUAGAGGAACGAUGGGUGUUAGAGGAGAAAUUAGCACAUUUCCCUGAGCCCGUCAUCAUUAGUAAACCCGUCUUGACGAGUGCUAUCUCGGAUCUAACAAUUGGCGCCCACCGUGGGGCUGGAAACGCUUCUCGCUAUUCAUCUCGAAGAUAUCUAGAUUUUCACGAACUAGCAACGAUGGUGAACUCGAAAGAGAACACUCCCACCGGGAGCCCGUCUCCCUCAGAAGAAAACUUAAGCGACAGUCUACCAAGCACGAUAGACAAGUCGCUACCCGCUGAAGGCAGGGACAAGCCUGCCCUACAAGGAACCAAUCUGUCUCGCCACAGAGAUCCGUCUCGCCGCGAAGAUCUAUCCCGCCGCAAAGAUCAACUUCGCCGCAACGAUCCCCUCCGCCAAGAAGGACGAGAGCCCCCCUCCGUCCGCACCACGCCGCUCAAGAAAAUCUUCCUCGAGCGACAAACCCCGCAGCUCGAAGAAAUCCUCCUCGAGUGA